CGCUACUGUCGUUCGGCUAGUUAAUGAGUUUACCGCUGCCAAAUAGAGUGGCGCUGCGUGCGAUAUCAUUUCCCCGUACCUGCACACGUGCCUUACUGCGUAAGCAUGCUAAAUACACAACUCGCAUAAACAUUCUAACAUUAAUAUAUAUUGAUGAGUGUAAAUUUACGGAAACGGAAGUUUUCUUACGUGCAGGAUAUGCGUAACAUUCUUUGUUCGCUAACCUCUGACCUUCAAAUUAUAAAUAGACAUACGAGUAAAUAAAAAAUUUAAAUUAAAACAAAAAACAAAACAAAACAGGUAAUAAUAAUGUCUCUUCACUGACAUGAGCACUGUACAGUUGGAGAGUCACAGCACUGAGCCUUCCAGACUCCAAUUACCGCUUAUUAAUACUUCUAGCGAGCCACAACCUGGAAUACAACACCUACUAGCCAAAAUAAACGCCAAACAGUCUAGUGACGAACUUUUGCCAGGGAACAUUGACAACAAGCCCAGAGAAGUGCCAUCAAAAUGUGGUCUGCGCCCUCGGUCCCACGCAGUUAAAAGACGACCGCAUCACGCGUUUCAGUCGCGAGCAGGGGAAAUUCUAUCACAAGAGAUGGGCGCCGCGUCGAUGCCCGAGACGCCGGCUGUGAGUAACACCGACGGCUGCAUCACCCCUGUGUGUAAAGAACCGUGUCGCACGCCCAAGGCUGGUGUGAAGUCACUAUGGGCGUUAGGAGGGAAAGAGAAAGACGUUGUAAAACGUGUUGCCAGAUUACUGGGUAAAAAAAAGUUUGUGGAAACUCCAAAGGUUUGCAGAAACAUCAAGGCACUUAUUCGUUUCCGGGCCAUAGUGCGCUCUGUGUGGCACAUUAUCCGCCUGUCGGCCAUCACGAGUCGCCAACUGAAGGAAAUGGAGGAGAACUUGGAUUUCGAGGUCAAGGACCAAGGCAAGGUCUUAUGCUUUGACCUUCAGAGUUUCAAGAGCGCCAGAAACAGUGUCAACGGGCUGUCGAAACGGGCAAAGGAGGCCAUUUGCAAACCUCCCAGUAAAAGAUCGGAUAGUGACAUUCAGUGCUUGCUGGAAAUCAUCAACAGAGUGCUGUUCUUUCACGAGUACAACGAGCACGUGCGCUCAGCGAUCGCGGCCAUUAUCCAGUACGACGAGCUGGAGACUGGCCGAGUGGUGGUCAAGCAGGGCCACCAAGGGACACAGAUCUACUUCGUCGUGUCCGGCAGGCUCAAGUGUUAUAUGACCGAGACGGAUACUGAAACGGGUCGCUACAGAGUGCAGUACUUGAAUGAGUUCACAGUAGGUACACACUUCGGCAGUCUGUUUCCAAGAGAACUGCUCAAACGUGACGUCACACUUGUCUGCAAAGAACCAUCAGAGUUAUUAAGUAUCUGCAAAUAUGAUGUCCUGCAAAUUCUGGAGAAAGAUGAACUGCGACAACUUAACCAGUUUUACAAUUGUUUGAAAACGAUGCCGUAUUUUAAAUCUUGGACUGAUGAACAGAUGCGUGAAUGUGCCAGUGAUGCCAAGUGCCAAGCAUUCGAGGACAAGGAGGUCAUAAUUGAUGAAUACAAAUCAAAAGCACGUCUUCACAUCAUAGAGAAUGGAACAUGUAUUAUUGUCAAGCGUCUGGACAUAGUUAAUUUGACCUCACCGUAUCGGUCAGAAGAGUAUCUUCUUCCUGAGAUGAAAUCAGAAACAGUCUUCUUGAACAAGCCUUAUGGAAAAUCAUUACGAAUAUUCAACAGAGAAUCUCAUUUUCUUAAACUCUAUACUCUUGAAGCCGGUGAUUAUUUUAAUGCAGGUGAGAGACUGGACAACACCUAUAUAAUUGCCAGCGGGAAAGUGGACUGUAUCCAGGUGAAUCACAACCAGUUUGAGAUCAACUUCAAGCAGUAUGAGCUGAUGAAGCUGGCAGAAACCCGUGACUACAUACUCCCAAACAGAAAGAGACUCUACCACCUGUUCCUCACCAAGAGACGGUGGGAGAAAUACAAACAACAACUCGUGCUCGAGAUCAAACGGAGAAGAAACAUUCCAUCACUGACAACAAUGCAAGAUGUUCCCCGAACUUACAAGAGUCAUUACAAACCCAUGUACACGGAAUCAUUGAAGCCUAAACUCUGUAGAUCAUGCAUGAUAACUGGAAGUUAAUCAUCUAUACAGCUGUACAAGUUUAGAAAUAACACUCAAUAUCUCAUUCAAUGCUUAUUAUCUUAUUUUCACCUCCAACUUCCUGUACAAACACAGGCUUCUAUAAUAAAUGCUUAUGUUUAUGUGCCAAUAUCCACCCAUUAAUAUACACCUGCACUGCUAAACCAUUGAAACUUUCAGUAAUGGAUUAAAAAAAACCCACUAGGUUAUUAACCCCCUCCAAAUCUCUAACGUUAAAAUCUAUACUUACAUAUGUAAUACCAGUACAUAUCUGUUAUUGGUGUAUUUUAAGUAGGGGAAUAUCCUCGUAACUCUCCAUCCCUGAGAAAUAAUGGGACUCCAUUAUUCGUCAGGAAUGGCCAAUUACUCGGACAUUCCCCUAUACAUACACAGUAUCUAACAAUGCCAGUUGCUCUGCACAGGACAGAAAUGACUAUGUUAUAUACUGAUGGGACUAAAUACAUUUUUUCCUGGAGAGCUUUUGAAAUGCUCUCAUGCAACCCAGUAGGGGAUCUCACCCCGAGUGAGUUUUAAUCACCGUUCGUAGGUCAAUUCUCGAUCACUAACCACUAACUAACUAAUAAACCACUGACCAGUUUGAACCUAAUUGGAUAUUCACAUGGAAAAAAAAGAAAAAAAAGUUAAAAUAAAAAUAAUUCAAUGAAAUCAAUUGAUGAAUGUUAAAAAUGUAGAUCUUAACCAAUAUAAAACAUAAUCAAAAACUAAAUUUAAAUAAUCAAAAACAUGUUCAGUGAGUUUGUAAAAACAUAUUAAAAAUUAUAAUUUGUUGCAAAUGCCAACUAUAUGUAUAAAGAAAGAAAGAGAAAAAUAAUCCACCACAACCAGCCCCAAACCACCAAACAUCCACUUGUACCGGUAAUUAAAGAACAAAUUUUAUUUUGUCACAACAAAGAUGUACGAAAACACACAAAAAACCUUCAUGUUACUGUUUCAGCCAAAGUUGAAUGUAUAUUUUCCUGCGCCAUGUUGUCAGAAUAACAGCUACAACUGAAAGAGCAGCCAAAUGUACCGUAUCCAAAAUGAUAAACAAAUAAAUUAUAUUGCAGUA